AUGUAGUCUCCGCAUCUAAAUCCCGCCCACUUUUCUCCUUGAAACCCUAAAUUACUCUCUGUUCUGCAAAUCGCUUCUCUUCAUCUUGGGGUUUCAAUGGGGAACUUCAAUAUGCUCCCAGAAGAGAUCACGUUGGAAUUUUUUCUCGUUUACCAAUCGAAACCGUUUUAGAAUGCAAAUUGGUAUCAAAAUCAUGGAGAAAUGUUGUUCGACAUCCAUCCUUCUCACAAUUGCAUUUUAAUCAUCUCCAUCAUCUUGAUACUGAUACUCAUGGACCUGCUUAUAUCUGUAACCCUAUCACAAGAGAAUAUAUCAUGCUUCUAAAAUCUGAAGGAAAAAGAAUCUUAGCUGGAUUUGGUUACUGUCCUUCAACCAAUAAUUACAAGGUUGUUAGAAUCAAUAAGAGAAUUGCUGAGGUAUUCACUCUUGGGAGCGGCAUUGGAUGGAGAAAUGCGGGAAACAUGGACUAUGAUGUGCCGGCUUGGUUCCAGAACCGCGGUGUGUAUGUGGAUGGAGCUAUUUAUUGGAUGGACAAGCAAGGAACCAUUUUAUCCUUGGAUUUGGCUGAUGAAGAGUUUCACGAACUUUCAACACUACCUUGUUUGCCACGAGCUGGUUUUAUUCCUUCUUUUACUAUUAGUCUGCAGGUUUUAGGCGAUUUUUUAUGUGCUUUCUAUCACUCUGGAGAAAGUUGGAAGAUUUGGUCUUUGAAGAAUAACAAAAAUCAUCAGCAUGUGAUUUGGAGUGAAGAGUUUAGUUAUGUUAAUGAUGUCAAUAUCCAACCAAUCAUAUUUACAAAGAGUGGUGGGAUUUUAUGCUAUGAUAAAAAUGUCUAUCGUUAUGCUCCAGAAGCUUCAUCUCCCAGAGUGCUUGUGAGUUUUGGUGAGAAUGUUACAUAUUUUGGAUUUCUUCACAAGCACACCAUUGUGUCUUUGAAAGCAUUAGGAGAACAAGAGAAACUGAUGGGUCCAGUUGAAAGGGAAAUUUAGCGGGGAGACAGAAAGCAUUGAUCAUCAGAAAAAA